AGCCGCGCAUCGCCGGGGCCGCGGAGGCGCGCAGCCGUCCAGCUUCCGGAAGUGCGCCGGCACUGGCGGCGAGAGCCGAGCAUUGGCUCUCGUUCUUCAACAUCCUAGAAGGCACAGUUCUCUCCAGAGACUGCUCCAUCCUGGAAGCCUCUCACCUAAAAGGUCCUGUGAAGCCAGACAAUGCCUGUUGACUUGGGGCAGGCCCUGGGCCUGCUUCCUUUUCUGGCCAAGGCUGAGGAUGCCACAUUCUCUGGAUCAGAUGCUACCCAGCAAAGAGAGCUUGCCAACCCUGAGACUGCUCGCCAGCUUUUCAGGCAGUUUCGUUACCAGGUGAUGUCUGGGCCCCAGGAGACCCUGAGACAACUCCGGAAGCUCUGUUUCCAGUGGCUGCGACCAGAGGUUCACACCAAAGAGCAGAUCCUAGAGAUCCUCAUGCUGGAGCAGUUUCUGACCAUCCUCCCCGGGGAGAUUCAGAUGUGGGUGAGGAAACAGUGUCCGGGCAGUGGAGAAGAGGCAGUGACCCUCGUGGAAAGCUUGAAGGGAGAGCCCCAGAAACUGUGGCAGUGGAUCAGCAUCCAAGUUCUAGGACAAGAGAUUCCAUUCGAGAAGGAGAAUCCAACACACUGCCAUGGGGACAAGGUGGAGCCCGCACUGGAGGUGGAGCCCGCAGUGGAGGUGGAGCCUCAGGACCUGCCCGUUGGGAAUCCAUCCUCAGCACCUGGGGAGCUACUGAGCCGUGGUGUGAAAGAGGAAUCAGACAUGGAGCCAGAAUUAGCUCUGGAUGCUUCCCAGCUUCCUGCCAGACCUGAAGAGAGGCCUGUUAGAGACCAAGAGGUGGGAACAGCACUCCACCCAGCGCUACAGGAGGAGCAGUGGAGACACCUGGAUUCUACUCAGAAGGAACAGUACUGGGAUCUCAUGCUGGAGACUUACGGGAAAAUGGUCUCAGGAGUAGCAGGAAUUUCCAGCUCCAAACCUGACCUGACUAACUUAGCAGAAUAUGGGGAAGAGCUGGUGGGACUGCACCUUCACGGCUCUGAGAAGAUGGCAAGAGCCCCCUGCAAAGAAGACAGACAAGAAAAUGACAAAGAGAACCUAAACUUGGAAAAUCACAGGGACCAGGGAUGUUUGGAUGUUUUUUGUCAGGCAUCAAGUGAGGCUCCACCACAGGCUGCCUUGAGUGAUUUCUUUGGCGAGAGUGAGCAACAUCGUUUUGGAGGAGAGAAUGUCCCAGAGGCUCUGGAAAGCCUUCAGGGUGAGGGAACUGGGGCACAGCUCUUUCCUCAUGGAAGGGGCUCUGGGAAACAGCUAGGUCAGCACAUACAGAGCUCUUCUUCGGAAGAGCUGUCUGCCUUGUGGCUGGAGGAGAAGAGAGAGGCCUCUCAGAAGGGACAGGCCAGAGCCCCCAUGGCCCAGAAACUGCCUACCUGCAGAGAGUGUGGGAAAACCUUCUAUAGGAAUUCACAGCUUGUUUUUCACCAAAGGACUCAUACCGGAGAGACAUACUUUCAUUGCCGCAUUUGCAAAAAAGCCUUUCUCCGAAGCUCAGACUUUGUGAAACAUCAGAGGACUCACACAGGAGAGAAGCCCUGUAAAUGUGAUUACUGUGGGAAAGGCUUUAGUGACUUCUCAGGCUUGCGCCACCAUGAGAAAAUCCACACAGGGGAGAAACCCUAUAAAUGCCCCAUCUGUGAGAAAAGCUUUAUUCAGAGGUCAAACUUCAACAGACAUCAAAGGGUUCAUACAGGCGAGAAACCUUAUAAAUGUACCCACUGCGGCAAGCAGUUCAGCUGGAGCUCCAGCCUCGACAAGCAUCAGAGAUCGCACUUGGGGAAGAAACCCUGCCCAUAGCCACGCCCUCAGGCACUACAGUCCAUUGCUACCCUGCUCAGCUCUGCCUGGAAGAACUUUGACCAGAAACGCCCUCCUCUUCUCUGUGUUGGAGGGAGAGGAGCCAGGCACUGUUUUGAUGUGGAGGGGAUGUUGUUCUGAGUUGACUUUAGUUCUUCCUUUUGCACCAGGAAAAGAAAGCAGUUUUUGUUUGUUUCAGCUGGCCUCCUAUUGGACCCCCUGGGAAAGACAUGCCGUGUAGAUAAUGGCUUUAGUAUCUCUCCCAUGAGAGUCCGACUGACUUCUAGAGCAUGCUAUCACAGAAGGGGAGGGAGGGAACGGUCGCCUUCUGUGCAUGCUGUCUUUGUCAGACUGGUGACAGAGUUCCUGUCUGUCCUUUAUUUGAAAUAAACUGAGCUGAGCUGGUCGCUGUCUUCCUUGUA